CUGUAGGACAUACGCGCUUCCAACAAAUUUAACAUUGUCAAGGUCAUCCCUCAGCUGGAACGUCCUACAAGAGGGGGUAUUAUUAUCCGCUUCUCUCGGGCGAUUUAUCCUGAUUUUCACUGAGACGUUGUCUGUUUGAUUAAAACUAUCUACAAAAUUAAAGUUUCAACAAUAUUUUAAGGAAUGAUUAUAUGAGGAGAAACUCCAGAAAAUUUCAAAAACUGAGAUCAAAUAUCUACGCCUGGAACUCCGUUUCUCGCGUCGAGCAGUGAUUUGUUACAAUCCUCUCACAGGACACGUAGUACCAACACCUUUUGAUCCAUUCAAAGCACGACCGGAUCUCCACAGCACUACAAGCUACAAGAAUUAAUAUAGGUCGGCUGACCUAUUCUUACUACUGAAGACUAGUUAUCACGUAAACCACUUCCACAAGACUCAGACUGCUAGUCCUUGCUAAACAUCACCUCAAAAUAACGUACUUUAAAGAAUGCCAGGCGGUUAUAUUCCCGGUCUUCCACCUAUCUACCCUAAUAGUUGGAUCUCUUCAGGAAUAUCAAACAUGUCUCACCUAGAACCUGCUGACUCAAAUUGCACCUAUGGAAUUCACUGGAUAUGGGUUUCAAUGGGACUGUGUGUUAUGGAUAUUCAAGGUGGCAUAGCCUUAUUUUGUGGAGUUCUAUGUUUAUUUCUUUGGAUUGCAGUAGACAAAGCUCUUUCUCCUAGUUUUCUUUGCUUUUGGACUUUCGGUGAUGUCUGUAACCUGAUAGGUUGUUUUUUAACACAUCAACUGAUUAUGCAGAUUGUUGUGACAGGGUACUGUAUUGUUAGUGACUUCGUCCUUGUGUUCCAAUUCAUCUAUUACAAACAUCGUCAUAAGGCUAUCUUACGUCGAAUGGCUACAGCUUUAAAAGAUGGUGAAGUAUCUUCGAACUCAAGCUCUUCUUCUCCCAUUAUUUGUGACGAAUCGGAACAACAUAAUUCACAUCAAGGAUAUCAAAGACUUUCAGUUGGUUUAGUUGGUGCAGGAUGUUUAACUUUGAUGGGCAUUUCUUUAACUUCUAUCGAGAAUCCGUUUAAUACUUAUGUUAUUAAACAAUCAGUAUCCAGUGGUUUACACUACCAAUCAAGACAGUUAUUGGAGUGGAAACAAUAUGAAUCAACAGAUCAUCCAUUCAUAAAUUCAGAUCCUUUAAAUGGUGGUACAAUUAUAUUGGGAUAUAUUCUUGGGUGGAUUUCCACAUCCAUGUACCUGUUCUCUCGAUUGCCACAAUUAUUUCGCAAUUGGAAACGUAAAUCAACUGAAGGACUGUCUAUAUUCAUGUUUUCUAUGGCUGUUACUGGGAAUAUUUCAUAUGGUAUUCAAAUUUUACUUACAUCUACUGAAAAAAACUACUUAAUCCGAGCUACACCGUGGCUUGUUGGAAGUUUCGGUGUAGUUUUGCUAGAUAUUUUUAUGUUAUGUCAAUUCUUCUUUUAUCAAUUACAUCAACACGGAAAUAAUAAUGACAGUAAUAAUCAGGAUCAAAGGAAUUUAUUAGAUACAAACCCCAAUCAAACUGAAACAGUUUAAGAUUAUUCUUUUUCACCAUAUGAUUGUAAAAUGUUAUUUUCAAUGUUUGUUCAUUUUUGCUACAGUUUCAAGUAUUUUAAUCCAUAGCUUCGCAUUCUUCCUGUAACUUGUUAUAUAUAUAUAUAUAUAUUAAUUGAGAUCAUCAAUCUCCACAACCCUAUACACUGAUAAAUACAUAUUUACUUAAUAAGAGAAAUUUAGCCACUUUGUUUGUUUGUUCGUCUGUUAUUUCCUUAUAUUCACUUUUAUUUGUUUGUACAGAAUAGUUUGUAUUUGAUUAUCCUACUGGUUUCGUUUUAUUUGUUCUUCUCUUUACAUUUGAUUUCAACUUCGUAUUAUUUCGAUAAAUAACUUUGUUACUAUUUUUUAUUAUCAUGAUUUUAAUAAUUUUAAAAUGUUGACUUAUCCAUAUAUGUAUUGAAUAUAAGAUACGUGUAAUUACUUUUCUUUCUGUUUAUAUAUAUGUGUGCAAGCGCUUGGUGAUGUUACUGAUGAAUAUUUGUUAUUUAAUUAUCAUUUAACCGGAUGAUUUGUUUCUAUAGUUAUAGAGUGAAUUAGUAUUGUAAAGUUGUCAUACUUGUCAUGAAACCUGGAGACCGUAAAUGUAAUCCCGUUUAGUAUCGUUUUGUGGGUUAACAAGAAGUUUUAUACCAGAGUGAAACAACUGUACAGUAAUCCAUGUUUUCCAAUCAGUCAGUCAUUCAUCUACAACGUAGGAUCAGGCACAUGUGUAUCAGUGCAAGUUGCCUUACCUCAUUAGCACAACAAGAUGA